UCCAUCUGGGUGGACUAUAAAAGGGAUCUGCCCAUCUACUCUCAACAUUCGAAAACAAGGACUAUGAAGUGUCGAAAGAGGAUGAAGAUAAUUUGCUAGCUAUGGCUUCAAAGAUGACCAGCCCUGCUGAAAGUAUAGGAGGGCAAAAUGGAAGGAACGAGGAGAGUGAGGCAUGCUGGCUCUCAGAUGCUGACAAAAUGGAGGUGGACUGUGAUGAUGGUUUUCCAUCAACUAUAGACCCACAGCCUGAAGAGCCAGUGCAGAUAUCAUCAUUGCCAAAUGACACCGGCCGUGAAGUGUCGAAUAUCAGUGAGGAUGAAGAUAAGUUGCUAGCUAUGGCUUCAAAGAUGACCAGCCCUGCUGAAAGUAUAGGUGGGCAAAAUGGGAUGAACGAGGAGAGUCAGGCAUGCCACCUCUCAGAUGCUGACAAAAUGGAGGUGGACUGUGAUGAUGGUUUUUCAUCAUCUAUAGACCCACAGCCUGAAGAGCCAGCGCAGAUAUCACCAUUGCCCAAAGACACCGAUGGUGCCAGCAGAGAAAAUGAGGGAAAGUCAAAGAUGACAGGUUCUUGGCCCAGUAAAACAGAUCAGAGCCAUUCUUUCAGCUUGGCACUGUUUGGAAGCACUGCUGCUGUAAAGGUUGGAUGUGGGAGCCUUUUAUCAGACUUUAGAGGACGUCCUGGUUUAACACAACUUACUCCAACAGAAAGCAAGAUCGCAGGGCGUGAUGUCACUGUGAUUAACAUGAUUGGGCUGCAUGAAGUGAACUAUUGUCAGCAGUCAAUGGAUAACUACAUGGGUCAGACUCUAGGUGAAGAUGGAAUCCAUGUCUUCCUUUACAUUUUACCACCACACCGGCUUACUGAUGGAGACAAGAUGGCGGUGGAGUGGCUUCAAAGAGUGUUUGGACCUUCCUCUCUACACUUUUUGAUCAUUGUUUUCACCUAUGAAAAUGAAGAGGACUGUGACUCAAUUGUAGAUGACCUGAAAGGAAACACUAUUCUUGAGCAACUGAUUGAGAAGAGUGGUGGGAGGUAUUUCACUUCCAACAAGACCUUAAACAAUGAAAUGGAAAUGAGCUUGCUUUUGAAAAAGAUAGAACUCAUGAUUUAUGAAAAUAAAACUCACUACACUGCAGAGAGCUAUUCUGAACAGCUGGAAAAAAGGCAAACAAUUUCAAAUAAUGAAGACUCAGAUGGCCCUGCAGAAGAUGUUGACCUGAACAUUUCUACAGAGACUGAGGAGGAUGAUUGCAGAGACAAUGAGGAAAAAACAAAGAGUCAAAAAAUUAAAAAAACAUCUCAGCCAAAUGCAAACAAUGGUGGUUUUGAGAAAAACACAGAAACAGAUCCAUGUUCUGGAUCCAGUAAAACAGAUCAUCCUGCUGAAGAUGUUGACCAGAAAGAUUCUUCCGAGACUAAGGAAGAAGAGCAUGGUUGGGAAACAGCUGAGGACCAAUCCAAGAAAAAAGAAGAGCCCAGAAGAGCAAACACUGAAGUGGAAUUAAAAGAACUGUUUAAAAGGUUGAACCUCACAGACAGACAUGGCAAACUGUUGACUUCAGAUAUACUUAAAAUUGAUGCACGUUCACGUCAGCCACAGGGCCCAAAGAUAGAGGGAGAAAUAGCACAUGCUUAUCUUAAUAGACUGUUGAUGACAGACUACAGGGCUAGGUAUAUUCCCAUCAAAGAAGAAGAUAAUGAAUUGAGUCAAACAAAUGUUGAAUGUAGAGACAAUGAAGAUAGGGAGGUAAUUUUUGCUACUCUCUUUAACAAAAAAGAUAUGGCAAAUGAAAUAGUAGAAAAGCAAUCUCAGAUUCAUCCUAUGGACAUUCAGAUGGCACUGUUUCACUCUGCUGACCCAUUCCUCAGGCAGUACCUGCUGACCAAACUCUCAAUGUGUCAGUAUGCUUUGCCUCUGCUGGUGCCAAAUCCUUCAACCUCAGAGAUUGAAUUUCCUCUGUGGGCAUUCCGCGAAGUCUGGAAAAGCUGGAAGUCCACUGAUGCUUCAGGCAAAGUAAGCAUCCAUAAAGAACCUAUGUAUGGAGUUGAAACACCAAUGGUUUCUGUCUUCAGGCUUGGACACGUGUCCACAUCCAAGUCCCAGCUUAUAAACAGCCUCAUCAAUGAGCGACACAACACAUUCUUCCACAAGCACUGCCCAGGCAGUAGCAGGACCCGUAUGCUGAUGGACGGUGUGGUAGAGAUUGCCUGGUACUGUCCAUCUGGUAAGGACACUGAUCACUUUCCUGAAUGUGUUGCCAUCUGUAAUCUCCAUGGUGAUGGGGAGGCCUCUAAAAUGCAGCAAACAAUUUUAUCAGAAAUGGCUUCAGUUAAUGUGGCUUUCUUACCCAACCUGUGUGAGAAUGACCCAAGGAAGGCAAUUGUGAAAGACCUCUUUAGCUCCCAAACACCUCUAAUUUGUCUUUUUACUGAGGACGACUCCCUGUUAAAGGAAUUGUGCAAAGGGAAAUUCAAAAUAGGACUAAGAGACAGAAAUCAGUCAGAUAUAGUUCAAGAACUGAAAAAGGCAAUCGGUGAUAGUUUGUCUCUCACAAACUUUAAGCUUGAAAAUCUGGCACAGCAACCUGGAAUCAAAGUGGAUGAAGAUGAUGAAGAUUGCAAAAAGGGAAAAGAGAUUGCACUGCAGAUAAAGGAUUUGCUGGAGAGAAACAAAUCAAGAGUUAAGGAAGCAUUUCUGCCGUGCCAAGGAAAAUUGUGGCAUGAAUGGUGCCAGAAAAAAAAAGACCUUUUUCGCCUACGUGGACAAAACUUGGAAGUACAAAAAAUUCUGAUAGACAAGGAUAUGAGAGAUUUGCGUUCCAGGCAGCGAAAGGCUGGCAGCAGUAACCUCAUGAAGUUGUUUUUGGGGGCCAUGGACUCAUUCCCACUCCAUAGUAGAAUGUAUUUUUUGAAAUGGACCAGUAUCCUGAUGGACAGCUGCACAUCUGAAGAGCUAGUGGCACUCCAUCAUAAAUAUGAUGAAAAAUGGUCUAAAGUUUUGGUACUAAAGAAGAAACAUGACAAAUCAAACCAGCUGGAAAAAGAACAGAUAGAGCUUGAGAACAUAUCUGAUCAGUUGAAUGCAGCAACCUUUGGCUUGGAACACAUCCUGCGAGAGAUGGGGCAGAUGUAUGAAGCAGAAAUACCGGUGACAUGUGGAAGAGGAGAUCAUUCAAAAAUCCCAGCAAUGGCAGCAGAGCUCAUGAUAUCCGGACACCCACUGGAGCUAAUGGAUGGUGAUGCCGCUCAUGUUCCAAUGACAUGGAUUGAUGCUGUAUUAGAUGAAGUCAUAAAGAAAAUUGGAGACAAGAGGGUCUUUGUCUUGUCCGUUUUGGGCAUUCAGAGCACUGGAAAAUCCACAAUGCUGAAUGCAAUGUUUGGACUACAGUUUGCUGUGAGCGCUGGACGGUGCACCAGAGGGGCAUUCAUGCAGCUAGUCAGUGUGUCCAAGGAGAUCAGCACAAAAUUUGACUAUAUUCUGGUGGUUGACACUGAGGGACUACGAGCCCUAGAGCUUGCUGGGAAAGCAACUAUCCACCAUGACAAUGAAUUGGCUACAUUUGUGAUUGGCCUAGGACACAUGACCUUGAUCAAUAUAUUUGGGGAGAAUCCCUCUGAAAUGCAAGACAUCAUUCAAAUAGCUGUGCAGGCUUUCUUAAGGAUGAAAAAAGUGAAACUGUCACCCAGUUGUAUAUUUGUACAUCAGAAUGUUGGGGAUAUCACUGCAGGAGAAAAGAACAUGGAGGGUAAGAGACGUCUUCAAGACAAACUGGAUGAGAUGACACAGUUAGCAGCCAAAGAGGAGGACUCUGAUGCGAAGUGCUUUAGUGAUGUCAUUGCAUUUGACAUACAGAAAGAUGUGAAGUAUUUUGCGCAACUGUGGGAGGGAAGUCCACCCAUGGCCCCUCCAAAUCCAUCCUACAGUGAAAAUAUCCAAGAUCUGAAGGAAACCAUACUAACCAAAGCCUCAACAUCACAAGGUGUGAAGUUCUCUGAGUUUAAAACAAGGGUCUCUGAUCUGUGGAAUGCCUUGUUGAACGAGAACUUUGUUUUUAGUUUCAAGAACACAUUGGAAAUUGCCAUGUAUAGGAAGCUGGAGGCAGAAUAUGUGAAAUGGACCUGGAGUCUCAGAGAAGCAAUGCUACACAUCGAAAACAAACUGCACAACAGAAUUGAGAAUGACAUCCUAGACACUAUAGAGGACAGAUUUCUGUUGGUAGAGAUGAAGCCCAAACGUGAAGAGGUUGAGAAAACAAUGGCCCAGUACUUUGAUGAACACAAAGACAAGGAAAUGCUUGUACAGUGGAGAGGAAGAUUUGAACACAAAAUAUGUGAUGUCCACAGUGAUCUUGUGAAAGAGACACAAAAAAAGUUGAAUGACCUUAUUCAGCAAAAGAAGACUAGGAAGAAACUGGAUGAAAGGAAGGUACACUACCAAAAUACUCUCUUCAAAAGAAGUAAAGAACUUGCCUUGAAUCUCAAGCAACUGGAUAAAAGUGAAAAAGCUCUUAAGCAAGAAUUUGAUCAAAUGUGGGAAGGCUGGCUCCCAGAAUUGACAUCAGACUUACCUCGUGUGAAAGACUGCAAUAUUUGGGAGGAUAUUGUAAGUGUUCUGAGUGAGAACCAUGAAGAAAGUGUUCUGAAUGGUCGAAAAAAACAGGGUGACUAUAAAACCAUUACAUUUAGGGGAGAAUAUUCCAUGUAUGUAAUGCCUAGAGAGCCUCAAAGUCAAAAGUCUGAAGAACAAGCAAACAAGAAACAAAGCUAUGCUUUGGUAGCUUUUUGGAGGAAUGUCAUGGGAAAACUUGGCUUGGUUAAGGAUCACUUCAAGACACAUGACUUGACAGCUGAAGAUCAACACUCUAUAAAGUCCCUAAUUAAAAAAAUCCAAGAGGAAUCUGAAGAAAUUAUCACACAAUACUCAGAUGACGCAAUGGGCUACAAUAAGACGUACAUUCAAGCGAUAGUGGCUUCAGCCAGCAAGAGCAUUGAUGGUUAUGAGAAAGAGGUAAUGAAGGGACGUUUUGCCUUCAAAAAGAUCUUUGCAGUAGAUCUUUUAUUGUUUGUGUGUGAUGUUGCAAGCAAAAAAUUUGCAGAACUUCAUCGAAAAUUCCAAAAAGCUAAUGAUGGCUUCAUCUACUUAGAGGAUCAGAGAGGCCAGUUUUACGAGGUCUUUACUAGUUUUUGUCAAGGGGCAAAAUCAUCUGCUGUUCUUGCAAAUUUCAUAUGCAGCAAACUGAAGCUGUCCAUCAGACAGGCUGUGUAUGACCAAACUGCUGUUGAUUUAGCAGCUGACAUGCAGUGUAAUCUUCCUGCAUUAAAUGGGAACAGACUUAACUUGGAAAGACACAUUCUCCUGUCUUUGGCAGAGGAGGAGAAUUUCGAGAAGUUCCUGCAGUACAUCCAAAAUCCAAAGGAACACUUCAAACAUUUCAUAACAGAGCAGGUUGAGCAAUAUAUGAAGCAAGUAAAAAGUCCCAAACAACUUUCCAAGAUUAAAGAAAACCUGAAACACAAGACCAAAUGUGCGAGUGUUGCAGCACAAACGGCAACAGAGAAGGUCAAGAAAAUGAAUGGGGAUGCCAACAUGUGGCUAAGGCUUUUCUCGGAUGAACUAAAAGACGAGUUGAAAUUUGCAGAAAAGUCCUGUGCUGAUGCCUCUGAGAUCACUGAUUUUAGCUUUCUUGAGGAGGUAGUUUGUAAUGGCCUUAAAACAAUUGAGCGCCAACUCAGUGAGAGUUUUAGCAAAGUCUCUCGCCUUAAAACGGAGCUGUUUCGGAUAAAACCUGAUGACAUUUUAAUUCAACAUUUCUGUAAGUGUUGUUGGGUUCAAUGUCCUUUCUGUUAUGCAAUCUGUACCAGCACCCUGGAAGAUCACAAAGGCACUGAUCACAGUGUCCCAUUCCAUCGCUCAUAUGGAAUAACGGGAAUGUACUUUAGAAAUACAACAAAUCUCUGUACAGAUUUCUGCACAACUUCUGUAGCAAGUAAUGAUAAAAGGUUUUAUCCAUCACAUGACCAUGAAGUGGCAAUUCCAUUUAAAGAAUAUAAAAGGGCUGGGCCAGGAUAUGCUGACUGGUCCAUCACUCCUGACAUCUCUGAACUACCCUAUUGGAAGUGGUUUAUAUGUCGAUUUAAAUGUGACUUAGAAAAACAGUACAACAAAACAUUCGAAGGACAUGGAGAAAUUCCAGUACAGUGGAGCCAGUACACAAAAGAGCAAGCUGUUAAGAGCUUAGAUGUAUACAUGCUCAGUAACAUGGAUGCAUAGUUGUAUGCAUGCGCAUAAGUACAGGGUGACUUUUUGUAACAAAAUAAUAAUUACACAUCUCCAACUACCUACAAGCAAAUAACAUAUAUACCGUAAUAUAUAUAAGAGUUAUAAUAAGAUUUGUUUUUAAAUUGGGUGCACAUCUAAGUAAACUGGUUAACUGUUAUUAAUUUGGUGUUUUUGGCAAAACUGAUUUGAAUGAAAUUACCUUAAAUCAGUUACAGUUGGAAGCAUUUUCAAGUAUUGCAUUUGCUUCUUUCUCUCUUUCUUAUAUGUUUCUUACAAUAACUGUAUUACAACAUAUGCUAUUCGUAAGGUUUAUUUAGUUUUAUCCAUCCUUGGUUUCUUGCUUUCUUUUGUAAAAGUUUUUUUUGUUCAGUUUGUUUUUUUGCUGCAAUAUUGAUGUUACUUUAAUCUAUCAUUACAACAUCAUACAGUAUUGAAAGAGAGGCCCUCUCAGGUUCCGCUUUAAGUUAAGCAAUGUAAUUUUUAGCCACACAUCUCAGAUGCUCAUUAAUUGAGCUGUUGAGGUCAUUCUGCUUCCAUGAACAGGCAACAAUUAUCCUGUAAUUAUGAAAUCAUCUAAACUGACGGACUAUGUCUUUUUAGUCAAGGACAAGCCAUUUCCAGAAUGUAAAUUGAAUGCAGUGUGAAUAUGACUUGAUGUGAACAUGACUCACUGAAAAUGCAUGAUUGAAACAUUGUAUUCCUAAUAAAGGUUUUGAGGAAGAGUUUCA